UCGUGCUGCCACCUUCCUCUCACUCAACUCACCUACCCCAUCCCCCAAACCACCCACGAGCCUCGCGCUCCUCAUUUCUAGCCCUUUCCUUCCCCCAAUCUAUACAUACACACACUGCUACGUCUCUUUCUUAGCUUCUCAAAUUUUCCCGGUUGAAUUUUUGUGGUUUUUAAUUUAAAUACUCUACAGAUGGAAUCUGUUUCUUGUUUCUCCCUUCUUUACUGUUUGAUGUGAUGACUAUUCUCACUAGUCAAUGACUUUUUCUUCACGUUGUUUCAGUAAUUUGCAUCCGGUUUUAUUACUGUUAAUCUUAUUGUUUUUACUGGGAAAUCCCUGUUCAAAUUCAGUUUGCGUAUCAGUUGCUUCGCUUGACUCAGAUUUUGACUCGGAUUUCGACUCGGAUUUACUGCUAUUCCACCAGGACUACACCCCGCCGGCGCCGCCUCCUCCGCCGCCGCACCCGCCGCCGCUUUCAUGCGAUGAGGGUCUUGGCGGCAUCGGCUCUUUGGAUACUACCUGCGAAAUGGCUUCCAAUUUGAACCUCUCCAACGAUGUCUACAUAGCAGGGAAGGGAAAUCUUGUAAUUCUUCCCAAUGUUAACAUAAGCUGUUCCUCGUUUUCUGGGUGUGAAAUUGUGAUAAAUGUUACUGGGAACUUUACUUUGGGAGAGAAUUCGACAAUAGCAAGUGGUACUUUUGAGUUGUUUGCAGAUAAUGCUAAUUUUGGGAAUAAUUCAGCUGUGAAUACUACUGGAUUAGCUGGGUCGCCACCGCCUCAGACUAGUGGGACCCCCCAGGGGGUUGAUGGGGCAGGUGGGGGACACGGAGGCAGAGGGGCAGCUUGUUUAACAGACGCAAGUAAGCUCCCGGACGACGUGUGGGGUGGGGAUGCAUACUCGUGGUCGAGUUUAUUAAAACCUUGGAGUUAUGGAAGUAAGGGUGGGACCACGAGUCGGGAAAUUGACUAUGGAGGAGGUGGAGGCGGGAGGGUAAUGUUGAUGAUUUUGAGGCUUUUGGAGUUGAAUGGGACUGUUUUGGCGGAAGGAGGAGAUGGAGGUACUAAAGGUGGAGGUGGUUCUGGUGGCAGCAUCUACAUCAAGGCUUUUAGAAUGAUUGGAACUGGUAGCAUAAGUGCUUGUGGGGGUAACGGUUUUGCUGGAGGGGGCGGUGGAAGAGUUUCCGUCAAUAUUUUUAGUAGGCACGAUGAACCUGAGAUAUCUGUAAACGGAGGCAGUAGUCUUGGUUGCCCGGAGAAUGCAGGUGCUGCGGGUACAUUUUAUGAUGCUGUUACUCGCAGCCUUACAGUCAACAAUCACAACAAAUCAACAGAUACAGAUACCCUUCUCAUGGAAUUUCCUCAACCAUUUUUGACUAAUGUCUAUAUAUGUAAUCAGGCAAAGGCUUCUGUUCCUUUGCUGUGGAGUCGUGUCCAGGUUCAAGGAACAAUCAGCCUUUUGCGCGGUGGAGUGUUAAGCUUUGGGCUAGCACAUUAUUCGAUGUCAGAAUUUGAAUUAUUGGCAGAAGAGCUGUUAAUGGGUGAUUCUGUAAUUAAAGUUUUUGGGGCUCUUCGCAUGUCUAUCAAAAUGUUUUUGAUGUGGAAUUCAAGGAUGCUAAUAGAUGGAGGUGGAGAUGAAAAUCUUGAGACAUCACUACUUGAAGCUAGUAAUGUUAUAGUUCUCAAGGAGUCAUCUCUUAUUCAUUCAAACGCAAAUCUGGGAGUUCAUGGGCAAGGUUUAUUAAAUUUAUCAGGACCAGGCGAUUGCAUUGAAGCCCAACGUCUUGUAUUAGCAUUGUUUUAUAGCAUAAAUAUUGGACCUGGAUCUGUUCUGCGCGGUCCUUUAGAAAAUGCCUCGGAUAAUGCCGUGGUGCCAAAGCUCCACUGUGAUUCACAAGAUUGCCCAAUUGAACUGCUGCAUCCACCUGAGGAUUGCAAUGUGAAUUCUUCUCUGUCGUUUACACUACAGAUCUGUCGAGUUGAGGAUAUCCUUGUUGAAGGUUUCAUUGAAGGAUCUGUUGUUCAUUUCCAUAGAGCUAGAACCAUUACUGUGCAUUCUUCUGGAAUGAUAAACGCAUCUGCUAGGGGCUGCACUGAAGGCGUGGGUCAAGGAAAAGUUUUGAGUAAUGGUCUUGGCAGUGGUGGCGGUCAUGGCGGUAGAGGUGGAAUGGGGUGUUACAAUGGAAGCUGCAUUGAGGGUGGCAUAUCAUAUGGAGAUGCCGAUUUGCCUUGUGAAUUGGGCAGUGGAAGCGGAAAUGAUAGCUUGCUAGGGUCAACUGCUGGUGGUGGUAUUUUAGUGUUAGGUUCUUCAGACCAUCCUUUGAACAUUUUAUCUGUUGAAGGCUCAGUUAGAGCUGAUGGAGGAAGUUUUAGGGAUAAUCUCCGAAAGAAGAAUUUCAUUACAGAUGUUGAGAAUAUUGGACCCGGGGGUGGAUCUGGUGGAACUAUCUUGUUGUUUCUGCAGACUCUGGCUCUCGAUGAAUCUGGCAUUUUGUCAAGUGCUGGAGGUGAUGGUAGUCAUAGUUGUGGUGGCGGCGGUGGCGGUGGGAGGAUUCAUUUUCAUUGGGCAGACAUUUCUACUGGUGAUGUAUACCAGCCAAUAGCUAGUGUGGGGGGAAGGGUUUACCAUAGGGGUGGAUUGGGAAUCAUUGCUGGAAACAUACUUGGCUUUCAGUCUCUAUGUGCUUUGAUGUUAAAUGUUUGUCAUGAAUUUCUGCAGGAAUGUCCGCCUGGCACUUAUAAAAAUGUCACGGGUUCUGAUAGAUUCCUAUGUUUUUCAUGUCCAAGUUAUGGGCUUCCCCAUCGUGCUGUUUACAUUUAUGUCCGAGGCGGCGUUACUGAAGCACCUUGUCCUUACAAAUGCAUUUCUGAGAGAUAUCACAUGCCACAUUGUUAUACAGCUCUUGAAGAGUUGAUAUACACAUUUGGAGGGCCCUGGUUAUUUGGUCUUCUGCUUUUAGGCCUCCUCAUUUUGUUAGCAUUAGUGCUGAGUGUUGCACGGAUGAAAUUCAUUGGGGGUGAUGAGUUACCAGGCCCUGCUCCUACUCAACAGGGUUCUCAAAUAGAUCACUCCUUUCCUUUCUUGGAAUCACUUAAUGAGGUUUUGGAGACUAACAGAGUUGAAGAAUCCCAGAAUCACGUGCAUAGAAUGUAUUUUACUGGUCCAAAUACAUUUAGAGAACCUUGGCAUCUUCCUCAUACACCUCCUGAACAAGUAAAAGAAAUUGUAUAUGAGGGUGAAUUUAAUGCAUUUGUGGAUGAGAUCAAUGCUCUUGCUACAUAUCAGUGGUGGGAAGGAUCGGUACACAGUAUUCUUUGUAUUAUCGCCUACCCUCUUGCAUGGUCAUGGCAACAGUGGCGGCGGAGAAUGAAAUUACAACGAAUUCGAGAAUUUGUGAGAUCAGAAUAUGACCAUGCUUGCUUACGUUCUUGCCGUUCACGUGCGUUGUAUGAAGGGCUGAAGGUGGCUGCAACACCUGAUCUAAUGCUAGCAUACAUUGACUUUUUUCUUGGGGGUGAUGAGAUGAGAAAUGAUCUUCCUCCUGGUCUCCCCCAAAGAUUUCCAAUGUCUCUAUUAUUUGGAGGUGAUGGAAGUUACAUGACUCCUUUCUCACUUCAGAAUGACAACAUCAUCACCAGUCUCAUGAGUCAGUCUGUGCCACCCACCACAUGGUAUCGCUUUGUGGCUGGUUUGAACGUAUACUUGCGCUUGGUACGCCGAGGUUGCCUCAGAGCAAAGUUUCGCGCUGUCCUCAAAUGGCUUGAAACUUUUGCCAAUCCUGCUUUAAGAAUAUAUGGUAUUCAAGUGGAUCUUGCCUGGUUUCGAGCUACUACUGACGGUUAUUGUCACUAUGGACUUUGGGUAUAUGCUGUUGAAGACAGUAUGGACCAUGUACCAUUAGAAGCACCUAGAAGUCAACAGCAUUCACGUGGUAUAUAUACUGGAGAGGUGAUAUAUUUAAGUCGCAGUCAGAGAAGCACCGGGGGUAACUUAAGGCGGAAGAUUUAUGGUGGGGUUUUAGAUAUUAACAGUUUGAAGAUGCUUAAGGAAAAAAGAGAUAUACUUUUUGCGCUCUCUUUUCUAAUUCAUAACACCAAACCUGUUGGCCACCAGGAUCUUGUCGGUUUGGUCAUCUCUAUACUGCUUUUAGGGGAUUUUAGCUUAGUAUUGCUCACAUUACUCCAGCUGUUUUCACUUUCCCUGGUGGAUGUCUUUCUUGUUUUGUUCAUUUUACCUCUUGGGAUUUUGCUUCCGUUCCCUGCUGGAAUCAAUGCCUUAUUCAGUCAUGGACCUAGGCGAUCAGCAGGUCUUGCACGUGUAUAUGCUUUGUGGAACAUCACAUCUUUUGUAAAUAUUGGUGUUGCAUUUCUUUGUGGAUAUGUUCACUACAGCACGCAGUCAAGGAAGAAAAUUCCAUACAUUCAGCCAUGGAAUAUGGAUGAAAGUGAGUGGUGGAUUUUUCCUCUUGGACUGGUUUUAUGUAAAUGCAUCCAAUCGAAGCUCGUUAAUUGGCACAUCGCAAAUUUAGAGAUUCAAGAUCGUUCCUUGUAUGUUAAUGACUUCGAGCUGUUCUGGCAAUCGUGAUAUAUAUUACGAAGAAAUUUCUUACACACUAACGCCCAUAUUUUUUGUCACGGGUUGUCUUAAAAUGUUUAUCUACUAUAGCCCUUUAGAGUAAGAGUGAUUGCCACGCUAGUAGAAAGUAGUUUACUUUAAUGUGAAGGGAAAAGUGAUAGAGGUAUUCAUUAUUAAAUCCUACUUUUGUGCAAGUUACUAGACUUCCUGGCAUGUAAAUAUAAGCAAGAUGGCAUAUUCCAGGGUGAAAGAAUCCAUGUAAUUUUGUAUUUUUGCCCCCAUUUUCCUAUCUACUUAAUUUUGCCUCA